AUGUCUGAUCUCUCAGAUCUCGAUCGACAACUGGAACAAUUACGACGAUGUGAAUUAAUCAAAGAGCACGAAGUGAAAAUGCUUUGUACCAAAGCAAGAGAAAUCCUAGUGGAAGAAAGUAAUGUUCAAUGUGUUGAUUCGCCGGUGACUAUAUGCGGAGAUAUUCAUGGACAAAUGUUCGAUCUUUUGGAAUUGUUUCGUGUCGGAGGUGAUGUCCCACAAACAAAUUAUCUAUUUCUGGGAGAUUUUGUUGAUCGUGGAUUCUACAGUGUAGAAACAUUCCUGUUGUUACUGGCACUCAAAAUUACUCAGGUCUAUGGUUUUUAUGAUGAAUGCUUAAGAAAAUACGGUUCCAUUAUGGUUUGGCGUUACUGUACCGAGGUUUUCGAUUAUUUGAGUUUAUCAGCUGUGAUUGAUGGAAAAAUCUUCUGUGUGCAUGGUGGACUCAGUCCAUCGAUUCAUACCCUUGAUCAAAUCAGGCAAAUUGAUCGUAAAAUGGAAGUCCCGCACGAUGGGCCGAUGUGUGAUCUUCUAUGGUCGGAUCCCGAAGAAACACACGGUUGGGGUGUAAGUCCUCGAGGGGCUGGCUAUCUCUUUGGCAGUGAUGUUGUAUCACAAUUUAAUCAAACAAAUAACAUUGAUUUAAUUUGCCGUGCCCAUCAGCUUGUCAUGGAAGGUUACAAAUGGCAUUUCAAUGAAACAGUGUUAACAGUAUGGUCAGCGCCAAAUUAUUGUUAUCGCUGUGGAAAUGUGGCUGCUAUACUUGAACUUGAUGAACAUUUGAAUCGAAGUUUUACAAUAUUCGAAGCUGCACCACAAGAUCAACGUUCUGCUGCAACAAAACGUGUUGUGCCCGAUUAUUUUCUUUGA